UGUCUGCGCCCAUGAUUAGAACGUGUCUAACGAAUAGUUAUAGAUUUUCCCCUAAAGUAUCUCUUUUUCAGGUUUCGUGUAGUUUAAAAACCCCUUACACAAAAGCAAUAAAGCGAAGCUAUAGUAGUGUGAAAGAGGUGAAACGCUUUUACAAGAAUGUAUCCAUCUCACAAGCCAAUAAUGGGGGAUACGAAGUGAAUCUGGAUCAAAGGAAGCUGAAGACUCCACUGGGGAAGUUGUUUGUGGUUCCCAAUGAAGCCCUAGCAUUAGCAGUUGAGACUGAAUGGGAUGCUCAGGAAGAUGUCAUCAGGAGACACACCAUGCAUCUGACUCACCUCUGUAACACUGCCAUUGACAGGCCAACCCAGAGGGACAAGGCGACUGUUGCUGGAGGCAUUUUAGAGUAUCUCAACACUGACACUAUCUGUUACCGCACUGAUGAGCCACCAGAGUUAGCAGAAAGGCAAGAACAAGAAUGGUCUCCUUUUAUAGAUUGGAUGGAAGACAGGUACAACAUCAACGUCCCUGUCACAUGCGGUUUGUCGACAUCUGAGCUUCCUGAGAACACCAGGAAUGUCUUACACCAACAUUUGUUAUCUCAGUCAGACUGGGCAAUAAUAGGCUAUCAACAAGUGGUUGAACUGCUCAAGUCUGCAGUCUUAGGAUUUGCUCUCUUGGACAGACAUAUAGGGGUGGAGACUGCCGUAUCUCUGGCAAGAUUAGAGCUCCAGUUUCAGAUUGAGCGAUGGGGAAAUGUCGAGUGGGCACAUGAUGUGGAUCUCAUGGACCUCCAAACAAAAGUAGCAGCAGCCACUUUAUUCGUUCAUUUAUGUAGUGAAAGUUCAAAGACAUUGCAUAAAGGAGGUUAGAUAGACAGAGACAGAUUGGGACAUUAUCAGACUGGGAGUAUUUAUUCUGCAAGGAUAGAACCACAAGUGAUUUGAAAGAGGAGUCACAAGGACAGUCUUAUGCAAGACAUUACAGCCCCACUGAGUGCGAGUUACCGAUACUUCAGCUGUGAGAUUUUGUCCAUCUCUUCUUGAUUGUGCUUGCGCAUAGAUGAGUGAUUGUUGAUUGUUUUUAUUGAUUUUGUACAUUUUGUAAAUCAAAUGUUAGAAAACUCAAAAUAAAAGUUGAAAAAAGAA